ACCCAUUGCAUGUGUACGAAAGUUUCAUCACUGAUCAUAUCAGACUCCUGUAAAAACACGUUCAGCAGAAUGUUCUGGUAACGUCCAAGCGUCUGGUUGAUCAAAAACCAGUUUUACCAGCAAUGUGACAGCACAAGGGAGUCAGGAAUGUUCGGUUCGGCUGCGGAGUUUGUCAGGAGUCGGAGGAGUAGCGUGGACGGGCCGGUUCGAACAACAUCAGCGGCGGCGGGGCAAAGUCAAGAUCACCAUGCCCGGGAACUUUCGCAACGUUCCACGUACAGCGGCUUCAGUUUUGACGCUGAUUCGGCUCGUUCUCUGGCCGACUUCGACGAGUCGGACCUGGAGGAGAGCAGCUACACCGGCGCCAGUAACCUUGCAGUGGUGAGAAGACAGGCAGCCAACCCCGCUCCCAGCAUGCUCCUGGUGUCUAUGCUGGAGCAUCUGUGCUCCCUGUACGAGACAGACCAGGAGAAGAGGAACAAGCUGUUUAAAGUACUAUGUGAGCACUUGACUAAAAUGAAGAUAGUAUCUGCAGUGAGCUGGUUGGAUGAGUUUGGUUCAGUUCGAGAACAGUACAAGAAGGCCUUCUCCAACCUGGUCAGUGCUGCAGUAGAGAGUUUGCUUUUCCAAGAAAGGUAAAGAUUCCUCCCUCUCUUCUCUCCAAGGCCCGGUCCACCCCAGGAUGCCUUCCAGACAUUUGCUUCUAGGUAUGCAAAUGAGUUUCAGGAGAUGGAGAGACUAGGGAAGGGUGGCUUUGGCAGGGUAUUCAAGGUCAAAAAUAAGUUGGAUGGACAAGAGUAUGCAGUGAAGAAGAUUUUCUUGAAAGAGAGCUACAUGGAUGUGUUCUUCAGGAUUGUCCGUGAAGUGAAACUGUUAGCCAGUCUACAGCACGCCAACGUUGUGAGGUACCACACAGCAUGGAUGGAGUACAGCAACCCCAUCCUCACAAGUAAUCCUUCCUCCAGUACUAACCUUCAUGUGUUGGAGACGUCAUAUCUUCAAGACAUCCAGAACCUUCGGUCCACCUACAUGUAUGCAGACAGCAGUAGUAUAGUCUUCCAGGAGUCUGCAGCAAGCGACACAGAAGCCACUGUGCUGAAGAGGCAGUCCCCCUCCAGGGAGAGCAGUGACUACAACGUCAGUGUGGAGUCCUACCUACACGACAGGCACAAAUGGCAGCUUGGCUCCUCAUCAGAUUCUGAUGAAAGUCUAUCUGAGUGCCGAGGUAAUGAGGAUGUAACACGUCUUGUGGACACUGAUGGACAUAGAAACAGUCGUGGUGAAGAGAUUCAGCAGAUAAGUGAGAGCAGUACAGUACACAAAGUUGACACCGUAGAAUGGGAAGAAGAUAAGAGUGAGAAAACUGAUGAAAGUCUAUCUGAGUACCAAGGUAAUGAGAAUAAAACACGUCAUGUGGACACUGUUGAGGAUAGAAAAAGCAGUGGUGAAGAGAUUCAACAAAUGAAUACUGGUAAGAGCGGUACAGAACACCCAGUUGACACAGUAGAAUGUGAAGAAGAUGAUAAGAGUGAGAAAAGAACAACUCUGUCAGACACCAUACCGUGGGAAACUUGUAGACAAGAAAAAGCUGACAAUAGUGAUGAGAAAACUUCCAAGCUUUUGCACACCAUACCGUGGGAAUCAGCUAGGAAUGAAGAAGCUGAAAAGAGUAAACUGAGUGAGAAACCCUCCAAACUUCUGGACACAAUACCAUGGGAAGCAUCUAGAAAAGAAGUAUCCAACAGCAGCUGUGAGGAAACUGUCCAAUUAGAGGACACAGUACAAUGGGAGACUCCCGAAAGAGGAAGAGAAGAGGCAGAAAAAACUGACCAAACAUCCAAGCUUACCAGCGGUGUAGUGCUGUACAUCCAAAUGCAGCUGUGUCAAAGGUCACUUCGGGAUUGGCUGGUCAGUAGGAAUGCACAGGCUUCUUUGUUACGAGAUCCCUUUGGUGCUGUAUCUGAGGAAGACAACAUGAGACUGUUCCAAGAAAUUGUACAGGGAGUCAACUACAUCCACUCACAGGGACUCAUGCACCGAGACCUCAAGCCCCCCAACAUUUUCCUGAUUGGUGAGGAUGAACAUGUGUGUAUCGGUGACUUUGGGCUGGCCAGGGAAGACCUUCUGGACACCCAGCUGGGGUCCAGUCCACCACUUACACCGCUGGAGAUGCCGGACAUGACGACAGGAGAGACCACUCACACCUCGGGGGUGGGCACGUGUACAUAUGCCUCACCAGAACAACUGAAGGGAACCACAUAUAACAGUAAGUCGGACAUGUACAGCAUGGGAGUCAUCCUGUUUGAGCUGUUCCACCCCUUUGGGACUGAGAUGGAACGAGCCAAGUCUAUCCAGGACUUCCGAGAAGGCAGACCUCUCCCACCUGUACUGGUGGAGAGAUGGCCGAGACAGUGUGACUUCAUGCAGUUGCUGACCAGUGAUGACCCCAAGUACAGACCAAGUGCCAAAGAUAUCCUGAAGAGUGGCCUUUUCCACAACAAGGAUGAGGUCAUUGCCAAUCUAAAAGCCAUAGUCAACAAGCAGACACAGGAAAUGGAGGACCUGAGAAGACAGCUGAAGGAAAAGGAAGACAUGUUGUCACAACUCAGGAGAGACAGAACUACACACUGAAUACCUUAGCCUCCGUAGCAGGCUCAUAGAACUGGGGGUUUGGUGGUCUUCGGCUGUUUUCUGAUUAGCCCAGUUC